AUGGGAGGGGAGAGCCGCGGCGCUCACGUGGUCAGGGAGGAGGCGGGGCUUGGGGGAGAACGGCCCGCGGGCCACUUGUGGGGGCCGGGGGUCGCCCGGGCUCGAGUCCCCUCGCGCCCGCUCCCGCCUUCUGGAGUCCUGAGGGCCUGCGCCUGCGCACUCCCCCCCCUCGGCCUGGCGCUGGCGCGUCCCGCGGCGUCGCGCGCCCGCCCCGGGCCCGCGCCCUCUCGGGCGGCGCGAGGCCUGGGGCCCCCCGGCCCCCUCCCUCUGAGGCGCCGGGAGCCGCGCGCCAUUUUCCCUCUCCUCAGGCCGGCCUCCAGGAGGAUGUUGAUCCCAAAAAAAAGUCGACGCUCCCCACCGGGGUGGUCCCCAGACCUGGGCAGCCGCAGAGUCAGCUUCCUAGGCCUUGCCAAAAGGAAGAAACUGUCCCACAACCCCAGCAGAUCCCUCCAGGAGCUGGCAUCGCUGCUUCCCAGACCCCUGCAUGCCAAUGGGAGGAAACUCACUAAGAAGGAGAUUCUGCUGCAUGUUCUGCGCUACAUCAAGCAUCUCCAGAGGAGCAUCAAAAAGGUCCAGGCCGUGCUCUACUUCCUGCCUGAGGACAGGGAAGGUGCCUGUGCCCAAAGCAGCGCUAAUGCGGGUGAAGAGCUGGAGGAUGAGGAAGACCUCUCUUCCAUGGGACCCAAGCUGGUGGACUACGACUCUGCCUGGGAGGAGGAGGAGGAUCCCGGCACAGGCCCGUGGCUCUCGACCCUGACCCCCCCAAACAGCCCCCUCGGCUUGGUGGUCCCUGGCUCUGAGCCCCCGCUGCUGCUGCUGCCCGCCCGGAACUGCUGCGCCACUGGCUGCAGUGCUCAGGACUUGGGCCUGAGCCCCUCGCUCUUCUCCUCGCCCAGUCACCUGCUGUCUGCUCAGACCCCACCCGAGGGGAUCGAGAGCGUUUCCCAAGCCCUGUUUGAAGACGUGUGCCUGAGCCUCUCCACGGGCACCCUGUGGAUGAAGGACCCUUGGACUUUGGAGGAUGACUUCUCGUCCUCCGGGGAGGAGGACGGGGACUGCGCCUGGAGCCCCGCCAAGCGGGACCCCAACCCAUCGCCCGUCAGGCCCAAGACCAAGAGGGUGGAGGAGCUGGGUCGACGGCUGGAGACCCCCAACCCUCCUUGUCCCUUCCUGUUGAAGAAGAAGUGUGUCAACGGAUUCAUCAUGUUCUGCCGCCUCAACCGCAGGCAGUACAUUCGCACCCGGCCUGGCAUCGCGUCCACCACUGCCACCAAAGAGCUGGCCCACCUGUGGCGUCUGAUGACCCAGCAGGAGCGAAAGCCAUACUGCUUCAAAGCUCGACGGUUCAGCCGCCUGCACAACCGCAUCGUGCGCAGUGAUAAUUCCAGCAGUGACGAGGAGCCGCCGCCCCAGAAGCCCUUCUACCUGCUCCUGGCUGAGAAAGCGCACUGCUUCCCUCCCCCAGGCACCCCGUGAUCCCCCCAGGGCUCCCUCCCCGGGUUGAGCAGCCUCACCAUAGCCCCCCUCGGGGCUGGGGCCUGGUGCCCCGUGGGCUUUAGUGGCAUCGGGACAAUCGAGGUUGGUACUACUGCCACCGUCGUGCGUGGUCGUUGUUCUGCGAGGUUUUAAUGUGAGGCCAGGUCAGGUUGCGGGGGGAUUACAGGGCCGGGGUGCCGUAGUCCCUAGCGGGGCAUGGUGCUCCGCUCCCAGCCCGGGCCCCGCUCCUGCUCGUGGCAAGCGGGGACCCUGGCCUCGGCGGGCUGCAAAUCCAGCCCGCAGAGUUCUUGUUAUUCAGGUGUUGGCAGCUUCCCACAGCCGUGGCCCCUC